AUGAGAAAGCGCGGUGGAGGGGCAUUCGGCUCCCGAAAGGGAGAAAAGGCAGGACUUGCAGAGGGACAUAACCACAACCUGGGCUGUGGUUGUAACAGAAACAAACUCUUCGGAAAGAAAACGAACUAACUGCUUUAUGGCAUAAAGGUUUGGUGCUAAAUACCGCAGACGUCGUGAAUGAGCCAUAAGGAGCUGUAAUAGAAAUAUCCAAGAAGACAUUCAAGACGAAGUGCGAAAGGACAUAUUGCUUUUAUUGUUGAUUUUUUUUUUCAAUCGAUUAUUAUCACCUCUUAUUUUUUCUUUCUUUCGUAUUGUUUUUAUUUCGUGUGCGUAAUGAUGGCCACUUACCAAAACCCCGAAGAUGACGCAAUGGCUCUAAUGGUCCACGAUACCAACACAGCCAAGGAGAAGGAUCGACCCAAAGACGAGUCGAUCCAGGAGAAGAAUUCGGAGAAGACAGACCCGUCUCAGAAACCCCCUUACUCCUAUGUUGCGCUUAUUGCCAUGGCCAUCCGCGAGAGCUCGGAGAAAAGGCUCACGCUGUCUGGCAUAUAUCAGUACAUAAUUUCUAAGUUCCCUUUUUACGAGAAAAACAAGAAAGGCUGGCAGAACAGCAUCCGCCACAAUCUGAGCCUCAACGAGUGCUUCAUCAAGGUGCCGCGUGAAGGCGGGGGCGAACGGAAGGGAAAUUACUGGACACUGGAUCCAGCAUGCGAGGACAUGUUUGAGAAAGGGAACUACAGGAGAAGGCGGAGGAUGAAGCGGCCUUUCAGACCCCCGCCGACCCAUUUCCAGCCGGGGAAAUCGCUCUUCGGCGGGGACGGAUACGGCUACCUUUCACCACCGAAGUAUCUGCAGUCCAGCUUCAUGAAUAACUCCUGGUCGCUUGGCCAGCCCCCGGCACCAAUGCCCUACACGUCUUGUCAGAUGGCAAGUGGCAACGUGAGUCCCGUCAAUGUAAAAGGAUUGUCAGCUCCCACAUCCUACAAUCCAUACUCCCGGGUGCAAACCAUGGCCCUUCCCAGCAUGGUAAACUCCUACAACGGUAUGAGCCAUCACCACCAUCCGCACGCCCACCAUCCUCAGCAACUAAGCCCGGCCACGGCGGCUCCUCCUCCGGUGUCUUCUAGCAACGGAGCGGGCCUUCAGUUUGCCUGCUCCCGUCAACCCGCCGAGCUGUCAAUGAUGCACUGUUCAUACUGGGAUCACGACAGCAAACACUCCGCACUACAUACACGGAUUGACAUUUAAAAUUGUCUGAGGGAAGCUGUUCGAGCACACGGGACUUUCGAAGGGGGAAAGGCGGACUUCGAGAGUGUAUUUUGAAGACAGAGUUUCUUUUAUGGAUUCGUGUAUGUCCGCUAAAGCCACCAUGUUAUCGUUCUAGAGUUUUAAAAAAAGGAGUAACGCCCGAAACAUUGCAGUUCAUAGAGAACUUUGAGGAACUGGAAAAAGAGGAGCGUAAGGGGGACAUUUUAAGGUCAUCGUGCGCCUCCAUGUUUCGCUGGGACAGAGGACCGUGUGUUUGUAUGGUACUCUUGUGCAAUUCGACCACUUCCCUUAGCGAGGGAAUCAAGAUUAUAAAUUGCUAUUUAAGUACAUCGUACAUGUGUAAACUUCGGAUGCAAGUUCUGUAUGUGUUCACUCUGUGCAGAAAUAGAUUUGCACAGAUCUAAUUACCUACUGGCAUAUAUAAGUCUGGCCCUUUCUGAAGUAAUUUAAACCGUCACCUGUAAGCGAGUAGUAUUUCAGUAAGUACUCCUAUGCAAGUGAACUAACAAAUCUGAUUGGACGGACAUAUUCUAAGAUGCCAGGUCAUAUUGUCAGAUCUUAGUCUUGAUAUCAAGUUUGUCUUAUUAGUGUUGUAAUUUGGCGUGACUGAACCUUAGGCUGCAGCAGACAUGAAUAUGAGAUGGGUUUUUAGCAGAACCGAGGAGUCAAACGAUGUGUACUUUGUUAGACCAAAGAUGUACUGUUCAUUCGGGGGUCGUUUAUUUGUAGCUGUUGUGACCUCUAUUAGAAGUCGCUAGUUUUCAGUAACAUCAUCCAGUGCCAGUUUUAACCUUUUUAUUUUAUAAACUUACUAUUUUGUCUCAUUCAUGUUGGGACCAUGUUAAACUAGCACUUUUGCUUUUUUUAGUACUGUUAAUUUCUUAAUAAACUUAUUCCUUUCAAAGUA